AUGGACAACAAAACGAACCCGAAAGCCCCGGCCACGAAGCCCAAACCCUCUCCGUCUUCGUCUUCUUCGUCGUCGUCGUCGUCGUCGUCGUCCAGAUCCUCCCCCUCCCGCCGCCGAAACUGGCUGGAGCUCCCGCCGGAGAUCACCGCUUCGAUUAUUUCGCGGCUCGGAGCUGUCGAGAUCCUGACGGCAGCCGAGAAGGUCUGCAGAUCAUGGCGCGCAAUCUGCAAGGACCCGCUGAUGUGGCGCACCAUCGAUAUGCGCAACGACGGCGACCUGCACGACAUGACGUACGAUUUGGAGAAGAUGUGCUGCGACGCCGUUGAUCGGAGCUGUGGUCAGCUCGUCGAUAUCUCCGUCGAGUAUUUCGGCAGCGAUGAGCUGCUCAAGUAUAUCACAGCCAGAUCAAGUGGAAUCAGACGCCUCCGACUAGUGCGGUGUUAUUGCAUAACAGAUGAGGGGUUGAGUGAAGUGGCGCUGAAGCUUCCAAUGUUGGAGGACCUUGAACUUUCAAUGUGCACACUUUCGCACGAGCCUCUCGAGGUUGUUGGACGCUCUUGUCCGCUUUUGAAAUCUCUGAAACUGAACAACCAUUGGUACCAGUUCCCGCAGGAGUUGUGUAAUAAUGAUGCAUGUGCCGUAGCAGGAACAAUGCGAGGUUUGCAGCACCUCCAGCUUUUUGGGAAUAAGCUGACAAAUGAUGGUUUGAUAGAACUUCUUGAUGGUUGUCCUCGUCUUGAGUCACUUGAUCUGCGCCAUUGUUUUAAUCUUUACAUGGAUGGAGAUUUGGAGAAAAGGUUGACAGAAAACAUUAAGAAGUUGUGGCUUCCUUAUGAUUCCACUGAAGACUAUGAGUUUGAUGCUAUAUCUAAUGGUUAUGAAUCACGUGAUGAUGCUCUGGGAUCCCCUUAUGGGUUUUCUGGUAGUAAUUUGUUGUCUGAUGACUAUGAUGAGUAUGGAUUUUCAAGUGAAGGUGAUUUCUAUGACUAUGAGGACUAUAAUGAUUUUGCUACACUCAACUUGUAUGACUACCCUUUCUAGAAGCUGAAGUCUGGUUUUGUAUGUCAUCCGCCUUAUCUUGAAUUUCAUUACAAGAGCCCUAAUUCUGGAUUGGUAGCAGCAUUGGUCUUACUGCGUGGCUAGUUCAAUGGAGCAGUGUAUCAUACAAUCGUAAAAUUUUUAAAUUUGACUUCUCAUUUCUCUAGGUUUUGGUGACAUUCAUUUUAGUUUUUCUUGAUGAUGCAGCUUUCUGAGAUUUCAUUUCUGUCUCCCUGAUUUUGCCCAAAGGAUACCAAGAAAGGCUUCAAUUCACUUUCUGCUUUUAAGCUAAGAUGUCUUACUCUUUUACUUUGUCUUAUCUCAAGAGGAAGUACGGUUCUGUCCAACUCUCUUCCAACUUCUCACAUUUUUUUGGAAAGGUGUUGGCUUGAUCAUGUACAUUUUUCAGUGAAAUUCGGAGUCAGUCUAGCAGACUGGUCGUGAAUGUAUUAAAAACACAUUUGAGCUGCAAUGAAAGUCCUUUGUGAUUGUUGUUCUUUGGUGCUUGGGAUAUGUGUUUCGGAAUAUGCUGCUCUUAACCAUGCUCUCUGAACGGAGGGUGGAAGUAGCUGCCACGGUGUUGGCGUUGCUCUCACCUGCGGUGCACUUGAUUCCUAACUCCCCACCUGCCGUGUUACUUAAUUCCUAGUUGCAAGGCCAUGUACAUGACACUGUGACAGGCCACACAAGUUGAGGUACUGAGGUUGAUGGCAAG